AGAUCUAUUAUGGCUGGGUUCCGAAAUGUACUGCCAGUACUGAAAAUCUAUAGUUUAUGUUACGUAUAUUAUAGAAUUUCAGUACUGGCAGUGAAUUUCGAAACGCAGCCUAUGUCUAUUUAUAGUGUGACGUAAAAUGAACGAAAUAUUUAAUAAAAUGUCUAAGGAAUUUGUAACUGUCGAUGGUAAUGUAAAGAAGAUUCAAAAAGAGAAUCUAACUCCAUACAAAAUAGCAACUGUUAUUUUAAUUAGAGAGUAUUGUAAUGAAACUACAAAAGCAAUUGUGGAAAGACGUGAUUUUUGUUUAGCCUCAUUAAAAUUGAUUCAGUCAGCAGACAUGGAAUUGAAUGUCUUAUUAAACUUAUUAUAUUCUCCUGAAUAUAUUUUACAUCGAUUUGCCAACCAGUUGGAAGUAGAGUUGGAUAUUCUAUGUAAUAAAGGAGUCGAUGGAUUAUUAGAUUUAUUUAACAGCCUUUGUCGAUUAAUAGAAUCCAAGGAGCAUACACUUUCUAUACCAAUAUUGAGUAGAAAUUCUAUUCUUGGACUAUAUGUUCGUAGGAUGCGUAUUUUUUUUGAAAAAUUGCCUUUUAAUCAGGUAGUUGCACUUUAUAAUGAUCUAAAAAAAUAUGUCGAGAGGAAAAUUUGUAGUACUAGAAACUCUGAUAUCUCUAUAAUCUCCAAGCAAGAAAACUGUGAUAUAAAUAAAACAAAAAGAGUUUGGGGUGGAAGACAAGCAGAAUUACUUGUGGCACAACAAGCUUAUGCCUUACAAACUGAUGAGCAUAAGGCAAUACCACCAGCAGAGUUGCAGACUCUCGUUCAAGAUCUUUUAAAGUGUAGUCCUUAUUACGCAGAUGCACACUAUUUAAGUUAUUUAAAUUGCAUUCGUGUGAAUGAUUUUUGUGGAGCAGUGAACAGUCUUUAUCACUGUUUUGAUAGAAUGGCACCUCUAGAGAAUCGAUCUGCGCCUGAAGAUCGUUCUCGCACUUUUAGGUACGCAGCACUCAACUUGGCUGUUUUACAUGCCCAAUUUAAUCACAAGGAAGUUGCACAGUUUGCUUUGAAAGAAGCAAUUACACUAGCUCAAGAAGCUGGAGAUAAUGUGUGUUUGCAGCUUGCAUAUUCUUGGAUAUAUUACUUGACCAGUGAAGAAAAAGGACCUCUUAUAGAACGUUCAGUCGGUAAAGCGAGCAUACUCGGCAUUACACAUACAACAGGCUUGAGUCUCAUUUCAUAUGCACAUAACUCUGCUCUAGAAGCCAAGAAUCCUCCUCAAGUGUUCGAGACACUAAUUAAAUCGGACGUGUUAAAUUGUCAGCAUUCGAUGUCAGACUUGAUGUCUAUUACUUUUGCGGAGAAGUCCGCAUUAUGGGCGUAUUAUGGUAAAACAGAAAUGGCUUCGCUUUGUGCUCAGCUGUUGCUUCUUCACAAUACUGGUGACAAGAAACAGCAUAUGUUCAAUGGACCGUCCACAUGCCAAGCGAUUGUCACUAUCGCGAAUAUGUUAAUCGAAUUUGGUGAAUAUACGCUCAGCGACGUCGUGCUGGCCCAUGCCAAGGAGAGAUUUCCUAACGAGCCCUGUAACAAAAUAUGGAUACUGAGCGAACAGCUGCAUUUAUUCACACAAUUAAUGAGACAAGAAAAAUGGAGCGAGGCAGAGACAGCAGCUCGAAAUAUUUCAAGUUUAGAUCAGUUAGAAUGCAACUUUAGAUUAGCAGAAGUAUGUUUGGCGAAAGGUGAUUAUCCAAAAGGAUUGGAGUAUAUUAGCAUUAUUGAGCAGCAUUCGGAUGUGACUCCGCCACAUAAAAUACGUGCCACGCUUCUCUUUAGCCAGAUAACAUGCGUUUCGUCACUGUUGGGUAAUGGGACAGCCGCUACUAAUUGCAUAGUGCGUCUGAAUUCAGCUUUGGAAUUGGCUGCACAAAAUUACCUGUCCUAUUACAAAGCGCUCGUCAAGAUGCAUCUUGCUAAUGUACAAAUCCGGAUAGACGUACCAGUCAGAGACGUUUGCUACGGAGCGGUAGCGAAGCAGUUUUCUCUGUUGAACCUGAUCAUUGCCUCACUUCUACACGCAGUUAGUGUUAGCGUCGGACAUCGUCCACAUGCAAUGACAAUUGAGCAUCAAAUGUCUCUUCUGUUCGCGCACAGCAAAGACUUCAGGACACAUUUACUGAUGAGUUUGCCUACAUUAGCCUUGAAUAUAGUGGAAGAUGCUAUACCCACGAUUUUAGGUCACGGAGGCUGUUAUGAUCAAGGUCAAGCAUUUGUAUUGUACGGCAAGUGUUUGUUAGCUUCGGCACCAGAGAGUCCUUUCGAAACACGGAAAGAAGUAAUCCUGAGUGGAAUAAAAGCCCUUUCGAAGGCGCUAGCGCGAUUUACCAAAGUUAAAGCCAUCGCGAGAGUUAAAAGUAUUUUGUGUUUGCAAGCUGUUUUUUACAACGAGAUUAACCUUUCGCUCGAGCGGAAUCAAUGUGCUUUUGAAUUUCGUCAAUUGGACGAACAAUAUUUAACAACACCAAGUAAUUCGUCUUUAUAUUAAAGAUUAUAAGAAGAUAGUUUUAUGUGAAAAUAAAGAAGACGUCAAACAACAAAUCUAUAA